AUGCCUGACCACCCGACAGCAUCGUGGCAGGCGAUGCAAGAUGGAAACGUGUUCUACCGAAGACAACAGUUGUAUUCUGUAUCUGGCAAGUUUCCUGACUUUUCGGAUUACAUUACGGCGGGUUGUCGGUAUGGAGGGCCAAUAGCGGUGAUGCGUGAUACCACCAAACUUAUCGCACUGGGACGAGCUACACCGGCUUUUGGGAAAUCUCAGAUACAGAUCUACUCUCCAGCCGGGGAAGGCCUUCUGAUGCUCAGUUGGGACCAGGGAAAGAUUAUUCGUUUUGGCUGGAACGCUGACGAGAACCUGGUCGUAAUCAAUGAAGAGGGCACUUAUCGAAUAUACGACCUUCAAGGAGAUUACCAACAAUACUCCUUGGGAAGCGAUGCAGCCGAACUAGGCGUGAUUGACGCGCGAAUACACGAAGACGGCCUUGUGGCAUUGACGGGAUCAUUGACAUUCUUAGAGGUGAAGGGGUGGAAGGGAACUAGACCAUUAAUUCUUGCAAACCCGGGGUUGCCAGAGCCACCACAUUCAUGGGCCAUUAUUCCUCCGGACUUGAAUAUAUCUCGGCAUGUUGAAGUCCUCCUUUCAACAGAGGGAACUAUAUUUUCCGUCGACAAUCUUGAAAGCGUUGAUCAAAGACUAUCACAAGGGCCAUUCACGCAUAUUUCGCCAGCUCCUAACGGCAAGACGCUAGCGUUGCUCACCUUUUCUGGCACUCUCCUUGUGAUCUCCACGGAUUUUCAACGCCAAAUCACCCAAUUCGAUACUAGUACUGUUUCGGCUGAAGGUCAAGUACAGCAGGUGGAAUGGUGUGGCAAUGACGCUAUCCUUGUCACUCGGAGCUCCAUCGCAGUUCUAGUUGGCCCUUUCGCCGACACUCUGGAAUAUUCCUAUGGUGGUUCUUUGUAUGCAGUAACCGAACCAGAUGGUGUGCGCGUUAUGGGCCCAGAAGUCUGUGACCUUAUACAGAAGGUGCCGGCAUCGACGUUGGCGAUCUUCAGACCAGGUUCGACGGCCCCAGCUGCUAUUCUCUACGACGCAUGGCAGAGCUUCACCGAGCGCUCUCCCAAAGCGGACGAAAGCAUUCGCAGCAUACGCCCAGAUCUAGCUGUUGCCGUAGAUCAAUGCAUUGAUGCUGCGGGCCAAGAGUGGGAGCCCUAUUGGCAGCGCAGUCUUCUGAAUGCCGCCAAGUUUGGACGGGGUUUUCUAGAUUUCUAUAAUCCUACCGACUUCGUUAACAUGGGCCAGACGCUUAAAGUUCUCAAUGCGGUCCGCUACUAUGAGAUAGGUAUACCGCUGACCUAUGCCCAAUAUGUAUAUACAUUGCCGUCAUAUAUCAUUACUCGCCUUACCUCUCGGAAUAUGCAUCUGCUUGCGCUCCGGAUAUCCAAUUUUCUCGGUAUGAAACCCGAUCACGUACUGAAGCACUGGGCAAGUGCUAAAAUUCUCCGAUCAAAGCCUUCUGCGGUGGCCGGAAGUGACGGGGAACUUGGAGGAGACGACGAAGUUUGCAAACUGAUUGUCGAUAAGUUCAAGCAGCUCGGUGGGGCGGAUGUUAGCUAUGCUGAGAUUGCUAAGCGGGCCUGGGAAGUCGGGAGGGCGGGACUUGCUACCAAACUACUAGAUCAUGAGUCAAAUGCGUCCGACCAGGUACCUCUGCUGUUGACUAUGAAGGAAGAUCGACUAGCUCUGGAGAAGGCUGUUGAUAGUGGCGAUACAGACCUCGUCUACCAUGUUCUUUUACACCUACAUCAGCAACUCACCCUCGGUUCCUUCUUUCGGCUCAUCGAAGAUGGUGGUUCUCGCCUUGCCCCAGCUAGUAAAUUACUUCAGGUCUACGCUCGAGAGCAAAACCGGGAUAUGCUGCGAGAUUUCUAUUAUUCAGAUGAUCGGCGAGUGGAGAGCGCCGUCCUAGCACUUGAUGAAUGUUCAAGAAUGACGGACCCCAAUUCUAAGAUUACAUCCGUUAAGUCUGCACAGAAGUUUUUCUCCGAAGAUAAGGACCGGGCCUUUGAGGCCAAAAUGAUGGACGAAUACGUGCGAUUACUGACAUUCCAACAGCAACUGGAAAAGGAAGGCGAUGGCAAGAUUCCAUUCUUCGGCCUAAGUAUUAACGAAACUAUUCGCACAUGCUUGCUCAACGGCAUGUCAAAGCGUGCGGAUAAAACGAAAGCGGACUUUAAAGUUCCAGACAAAAGAUUCUGGUAUCUCAAGAUGGCUACACUCGUAGAGAUGGGGGAUUUUGAAGGACUUGAUGCCUUUUCCAAGUCAAAAAGAAGCCCUAUUGGUUACGAGCCUUUCGUUCAUUGUCUCGUGGAGAACGGGCAUUCGAAGGAAGCUGUGCCCUACGUUGCUCGGUGCGACUCUCCGAAGCGUGCCGACCUUUAUGUCGAAUGCAACGAAUGGCGGCUCGCCGCGAAAGAAUGCAAGGAGCGUGGAGAUAAAGCCAAGCUCGAUUCAAUACGGAAGAAAUGCACUGAUUCUUUCAUACAACGAGAGCUCGACCAAAUCGCAUCGUCAAUGAAGUAG